GGCGUCGUCACCGGACCAACGGCCUUUAAUGCAGAUAAGUUAACGAGAUCGCCACUGGUGUUCAAGAACAGUUGGUUGCUGGUAUUCGCUGGAGAGAAACGUUCGUGUGUGAAAGCAGUACAUGUCAUUUUGAAAGUUACUUCAGAGAAACCUGACGCCAGACACUUCUGAACCGACUGCAGGAUCACAUACAUUAUAAAAUUAUUUUCACCUUCCCCUCCCCUACUCUCCCCCACCCCCACCCCCGAAGAAAAAAAAAAUAGUGUUAAUAAACGGAAGUGAAAAGAAAAACCUAAAGCAAAAGACCAGAUAGGUCGCCGGAAGGUGAUCGUUCCCCCCGCGAUAGUCUCGCCUCGGACCAAGAUGGCGUCGAGCGGGGAAUCAGAGGAUUACACCCACUACACGCCACGGUUGAACCAGCGUGACAAGCACCGCCAAUUCACGUGGCUGGAAGGUCUCCUCCUCAUCGUACUAAUCCUGUCCUACCUGCUGGGCUACGGGAUCCAGAUCAGCAUCAUCGCCGAGAAAUACAGCCUGGAAGAUCCUCCGAAAAACCGCGGGCUUUACCUGCUCUUCUUCUUCCUCCCGCAUCUCACAGCUGGCUUGAAGAACCUGCAGUACCACAUCCGAGAAUCCCGCGAAGAAGACGACGAAAAUUCGGUUAUUGGAUGGGUCAUCAACCUCGUUUUCCUGCCGGUCAGUCCACUCAUAAGACUCCUCCGAGCGGGAAAAUUUGGAAUGACGGAAAAAGAAAAUCGAGAAAAUGGAUUAAGAUUCGUCGACGAGCUCCUUACUGCUGCAGUUCUAAGGCUCUUUGAUGUGCUCUUAGGCGACGCCCCGACUCUUUCCCUGCUCUUGAGGGACGAUGUGUGGUCCAGGUCCGGAGAUUGGAAGGACCUUGCUAGCGGCCAGCAAGAAUACCUGAGAUGUUCACCUGCUUGUACAAAAGAAGAGAUUCAAGUUAAGAUAAAGUUUUGGACUAUCUUUCGUAUGUUCUUCCUGGUUUCCAAGAUGGCGCAGGGAGUUACGUCGUAUCUGGUUGCAAUGAAGAGAUUCCAGAGGCUGCAGUACCCGGAGCAUUACGAGCAUCUGCGGGGGCGCCACUCCAGGCAGGGCAGGCUCAAUAUCGUGGCUACGUUUCUGCUGUACUUCGCUAAUUUCUUCUUCAUUGGGUCGCGUGUUAUGGGCUACAGUAUGGUCAGCUUCACUUGGGGUUCUUGGGUAUACCUCAUUCUUGGUGCCCACUGGCUCAUUAAUUCUGCCUGGCACCUCAUUACUAUUCUUAAUACCCAUGGCAUUACUGCAGCUAGAUCAGUGUCUUCUCUGGUGAUGGGCGGAGUGUGGCUGUUCGUGAUCACCAACGAGCAGGGGGGCCGACAAUUGGGGCGCCUCACCCUGUACUAUCUCUUGGCCUUUUUCGAAACAGCUAUUUGCAGUUUCCUUUGGAAUAUUGCUUUGGCAGGCUCUGGGGACUUCUUUGCAUUUAAGGCAUCAUGGGCUCUCCUGGCAGUGUUCACGAUGGCAGUUCUGUGUCUGCUGGUGUACUAUUCCCUCUGUCACCCUGGCAGCCCCUCCAUUUCUAGCCGGGGUCUCCUGUGCUGCUCAGGAAAUCGUCGGGAUCCCUUGCCUGACGAAGAGGAGGAAGUGGAGUCCACGUCCGUGUAGGUGGGACUUUUCUCCUUCUUUUCAGCUUGUAGUUUAAUGAGGGUCACAAUUUUGCAUUGAAGCAUAAGUUGUGUAUCUAAUCUCAUCUGAUGAACACAGCAAGAACAUGCAUUUGUUCUUUGAGAGUAAUGGGAUUAAAACUAAUUUAAUUGCUAUUGAUGGAUAACAUUGACCUGGAAAUAAAACUACCAUAAAUGCAAGUCCAACAAGAAAAAGAGAGAAUGGCCAAAAGCAUCCAUGAAUAUUGCAUCAACUAAGUUUUGAGGGUAACCAAACCCCUAUAAUACUGUAAUGUAGUUAAAGAUGACAUUUUAUGGUAAGUGAUUCAUAUAGUUUGUACACAUCAAAAAGUAACUUUACCCCCCUCCCUCUCUCUCUCUCUCUCUCUCUCUCUCUCUCUCUCUCUCUCUCUCUCUCUCUCUCUCUCUCUCUCUCUCUCUCUCUCUCUCUCUCUCUCUCUCUCUCUCUCUCUCUCUCAUUAUCUUAUGUAAAGUAUUUAGGUACAUAUGUAAUAUAGAUACUUGUAUUUUCUGUGAAUGGGUUUCAAGUAGUUGACAUUAAGCCAUACCUUCAUAUUUCUCUCAUUUUAGAUUUGAGAAAUGUUUCAUGCAAGGGAAUUGCUUUUAAUAUUUGUUGUUUCUCAUAAGCCUUGUGAUAUUUUUGUAUAAUUAUUUAAAUAAAAA